AUCCAUCAAAAGAACCACACCAAUCAGCGGCGAAAAUGCGUCCCAGCUAGCAAGCGAGGUCCCCAGCCUGUUCCCCCCCCUCCCCCCAGGCCGGGCGCAGUCCUUUGCUGCGCGCUGACCCCGAGGAAGGCAGCGCCUAGUCAGGGCCCUGAGGGACCCUCCACCGGGACGCCGGCCCCUCCCCGGGCCUCUGCUCACUUGCCCCCCAGCGAGUCCGUCCCCCUAGUCGGCCUGUCGGAUCGGGGACGUGGGGCGAGCUGAGAGCAGGCCCGGGGUGGGUGGUCAUCGUGGUGAAGACGUGGCUGUCAAGAUGAUAGAAGUACUGACAACUGACUCUCAGAAACUGCUACACCAGCUGAACACCCUGUUGGAACAGGAGUCUAGAUGUCAGCCAAAGGUCUGCGGCUUGAAACUAAUUGAGUCUGCCCAUGAUAAUGGCCUCAGAAUGACUGCAAGACUACGGGAUUUUGAAGUGAAAGAUCUACUUAGUCUAACUCAGUUCUUUGGCUUCGACACAGAGACAUUUUCCCUAGCUGUGAAUUUACUGGACAGAUUCUUGUCUAAAAUGAAGGUACAGGCGAAGCAUCUUGGGUGUGUCGGACUGAGCUGCUUUUAUUUGGCUGUGAAAUCGAUUGAAGAGGAGAGGAAUGUUCCACUGGCGACGGACUUGAUCCGAAUAAGUCAGUAUAGGUUCACAGUUUCAGACCUGAUGAGAAUGGAAAAGAUUGUGUUGGAGAAAGUGUGCUGGAAAGUCAAAGCUACUACCGCCUUUCAAUUUCUGCAGCUGUAUUACUCACUCAUCCAAGAGACCUUGCCAUUUGAGAGGAGAAACGAUCUGAAUUUUGAGAGACUGGAGGCCCAACUGAAGGCAUGCCACUGCAGGAUCAUAUUUUCUAAGGCAAAGCCUUCUGUGCUGGCACUGUCUAUCAUUGCUUUGGAGAUACAAGCACUGAAGUAUGUGGAGUUAACAGAAGGAGUAGAAUGUAUUCAGAAACAUUCCAAGAUAAGUGGCCGAGAUCUGACCUUCUGGCAAGAGCUUGUUUCCAAGUGUUUGACUGAAUAUUCAUCAAACAAGUGCUCCAAACCAAACGGUCAGAAAUUGAAAUGGAUCGUGUCUGGGCGCACGGCACGGCAACUGAAGCACAGUUAUUACAGAAUAACUCACCUCCCAACGAUUCCUGAGACCAUUUGUUAGUUGGUAAAUCUGGUUGUUAUUCUCUGUAUCCAGAAAAUUUUCCAGUGUGAUCAUUUUCUGCUACAACUGAAGAAUUGAAAUACUAUCUUCAAUACAAAGCAUAUGGGAUGAAAAUAGUAAAGGAAAAGUGAGUUUGUUGAUCUAGAUAGAGAAUACUAGAAGGCAUUCACUGUGUACAGUGCAUAGCAGUCUUAAGAUAAAGGACGCAUCAAACCUCUAGAUAUAAGCUAAGUCAAAGGAUUAGUAUAGCAAAGAGAAUCCUCCAAACCUGAAUUUUAAAAGUAAUUACUAAAAUAGCACUUUCUUAAAUUACUUAUCACCCCACUGUAGCUUAUAAAUAAGCUACAUACGUUACAUAAGCCCAAGCAGAACAAGAAAUGUGACCCAUAUAUGAACAAAUUUUAAUCUGUCCAUUGAUUAGGAAAGUGAAGUAUAACUUGGUCUUACAAAGUAAUACAGGCAUGCCCACCUUGGGUUUUUGGAAACUGCCAGGGUGUCUCAAUUCUAUAUUUUCCCUCUAUAGCAGUUUGACUAAUACAAAGUAAUUAUAUAUGCAUGAAAAUAUAAAAUUGGUCUCUGAUACAUAUACAUUUUUGCCAUCUAAAUUUCUUAAUCAUAGCAAGGAUUUAUGUUUUUAAGGUAAAAAAAAUAAUUUUUUAAUGGCGGCACACGCCUUUAAUCCCAGCACUAGGGAUUAAAGGCAGAGGCAGGUGGAUCUCUUUGAGUUCAAAGCCAGGCUGGUCUGUAUACAGUGAAUUCCAGGACAGCUAGAGAGCUACAUAAUGGAGAGACCGAGUCUCAAAAACACUCAAAACAAACAACCAAACAUCAAGUGUAAAUGCUGCUGGGAAGAUGGUUUAGAAGGUAAGGAAGGGUGCUUGCCCUCAAGCCUGACAUCCUGACUUCAUUCUUCAGGACCCACAUGGGAGAACAAACUCCCAAGUUCUUUGGCAAGUUCUGCACAUGCCUUACUACCCCCCUGCAAUAACUAUUUGAUCAUGCAUCUGAGGUAUCACUGUUCACAUUUAGCAGCCUGCCGUCUGUAGGCAGAUUUCUUCUGUUGAGUUCUUUGCCUACGCAGUGAGAUUGCAGUAGGAGCAGCAACAAAAACGGUCCCUGAAGUCUUUCUCUGCCGCUCUGACCUGAGUUUCCUACGGUACAGGGUUUACUCUAAGAAACCUCAGCACCUUACCAUGUUAGCGUUGGCAGGAUGGCCUCACGGUUGGGGAAACUCCUGAUUCUAGGCUUGGGAGAGCUAUGCUUAGAUUUGAAUUCACCCACAAAGCAUUCAAAUCAAGGCUAAAGACAUAAAUGUGAAAUAAAACUGUGAUCCUUCAUUUUAACAUUGCUCUAACUUCCCAGAUUUGAGCAGUAUAUACUUAGGUGGUAUGAAAAAUGGUAAAGUGCUUAAUUUAAAUCUCAAAGUUUAAAUAAUGAGGCUUACAUCAAAACCAACAUUUCACUAAAGCACUUUUAAGGUAUUGAAAGAGGUAUUUUAAGUGAUAAAUGGUUUCUUGGCACCCAUAACCAAGUAAUAGUUAAUUUAGAGGUCGGAUUUUUUUAUUGCUAUGAGAAUUACAUUUUAAAUUGUAGGUGUUUUAUAUAAGGCAGAUUUCACAAGUUUUGAAAAUUUGUUACCUUUAAAUUUCUUCUAGAGAAUAGGUGUUUGUAUCCAUAAUAAAAGAAAAAUUCGUCAGAAUUGCUCCCUCAAUCUAGUCCCAUUUGAGAAAAUUUGUUUCUACUGUCUCAAUAACUGGAUGAAUUAUCACUCUGAAAAUUUACUUAUUGCACUAAUGUUAGUUUAGGCUUGAUAAAACACUCCAGAAUUUUUUUUUUUUUUUUAACCACAGACUGUUUCUAUAAAUCUGCUGCUGCUUCUAGUGUAGAAUUUUGUUUUUGUUUUUGUUUUUGUUUGUUUGUUUGUUUAAAAAACAAAACAAAAAAAACCAAGUUUAUCUGCAAAAGCUUCCUUUAAGUCUUAAGGGAAGUGAAGAGGCACCUCUAUAAUUAUAACACCACCACGGUUGUGUUCAUAUGCUCCAUGCUGGCCUUGAAUGUAUGAUCUACACUGUUAAAAUAUUGAUAGCUCCUCAGUGCCCUGUACAGCCUGAGUCUAUCUAGAAUAGCUGUAACCAUUCUGACAUGUAAUGGAGAAGAAAAUUAUCCAUUGAGAAGCUGAACAAUAAACCAAAGAACGGGUGUAUUUUAUUCUUAAACCUUUGUAAACCACGUUUCACUGAGAACAUUUCAGUUCUUCCUAUAUGCUUCGAUUUGAAAACAAUAUUGACUUUGAGUGAACAGAAGUAAACUUACCAACUACCGUUAUGUUCUGAAUACACCUUUCAAUAAAAUUAUUGAAAUGCAA